GUAGUUUUUCUUCGCGGAGAGCAGCGACACUGAAACUUUCCGAAGACGGAGCAGACGCGAGCCCUCUUCUACCGCACCGUUUAAGGGGGUGAUGUCGAUGUGAAGCCCCCAAAAGGCCCGCCUCUUCCCAGCACCAUGCCUGCCCCUGUCCCCUCCCUGCACCACCACACCUUACUCCUCCUCUGGCUCUUCUUCCCCCUCUGCUCCUGCCUGGACCCCCGGGACCCCAACGUCUGCAGCCUCUGGGAGACAUUUACCACGUCUGUGAAGGAAUCGUACUCGCAGCCCUUCGACCAGGUGUCGGAGGAGGCCUGUGUGAGCGGGCAGGACCGCUACAGAUGUGUGCGCCACAGAGUGGUGUACAGAACAGCUUACAGACAAGCCGUGAAGACAGACUACCGCCGCAGGUACCAGUGCUGCCCUGGCUACUACGAGAGCGCAGACAAGUGUGUGGCUCGCUGCACCAAGGAGUGUGUUCACGGGCGCUGUGUGGCCCCGGAGCGGUGCCAGUGUGAGGGGGGCUGGAGGGGCCCCGACUGCUCCAGUGACUGUGAUGCGCAGCACUGGGGCCCCCGCUGCACCCGUAGGUGUCAGUGUGAGAAUGGGGCCGAGUGUGACCCGGUGACAGGACGGUGUGGGUGCUCCGCGGGCUUCACUGGGGUGCACUGCGAGGAGCCCUGUCCCCCGGGCACCUAUGGGAUGUCCUGUCUGCAGAGGUGCAGAUGUGGAGCAGGGGGGUCCUGCAACCGGAUGACAGGGGAGUGUGUGUGCCACAGCGGAUUCAGCGGAGUCUACUGUGACAAGCCGUGUACUGGGGGCCGCUGCCCAGCACGUUGCCCCUGUCAGAACGGAGGUGUGUGCAGAGGGAAGGGUGUGUGCGCCUGUCCUCCAGGCUGGACUGGCUCCGUCUGCACAGAGCGCUGUCCUGCAGGACGCUAUGGGCCCAACUGUUCAGCUGAGUGUGUGUGUCACAACAGAGGACGCUGCCACCCAGAGUCCGGCCAGUGCCAGUGCACAGAGGGCUUCACGGGGCCCCGGUGCAGUGAGGAGUGUCCGGUGGGCUCCUUCGGUCAGGACUGCUCCGGGACCUGUGACUGUGCUAACGGGGCCCGGUGCUACAACAUCGACGGUGGGUGUCUGUGCGAACCCGGGUUCAGGGGCCCUCAGUGCACGCAGCGGAUGUGCGGCCACGGCUACUACGGCAUGCACUGUGAGAAGAGCUGCCUGUGCGAGGACAAGAACACGCUCAGCUGCCACCCGAUGAAGGGCGAGUGCACGUGUGAGCCGGGGUGGGCGGGGCUUCACUGUAACGAGACGUGUGCAGUGGGCUUUUAUGGCCCCGCCUGCCUGGAGCCGUGUCUGUGUGUGAACGGUGGAGCGUGCGACGGAGCCACGGGCAGGUGUAUAUGUGCACCUGGGUUCAUGGGGCCUCACUGUGAGACGGUGUGUAAGAGCGGCACUUUCGGACACAACUGCUCCCAUGAGUGUGACUGCCUCCACGCUGUAGACUGCUCCCCGGUGGACGGAACCUGCUACUGCAAGGACGGCUGGAGGGGCCCGCAGUGCUCGGCCCCCUGCUCAGAGGGAACCUGGGGCCCCGGCUGUAACAGGACCUGUGCCUGUACCAAUGGGGCCAAGUGCAGUUCUGCUGAUGGCUCCUGCACCUGCUCCUCCGGGUGGCAGGGGGCGCUCUGUGACCAGCCCUGCCCUACUGGACACUUCGGACCCGGCUGUCUGAAGAGGUGUGACUGCUUACAGGCCGACGGGUGCCACGGCUCCACCGGGGAGUGCCGCUGUCUGUCGGGCUGGACAGGCUCCCGAUGCAAUGAGCCCUGUGCGGACGGACUGUGGGGCCCCGGGUGUAACCAGAGCUGUGUGAAGCACUGCCCCAACAGCGCUACCUGCCUGCGGGACAGCGGGACAUGCGUGUGCCGCCCGGGAUACUGGGGCCCGCGCUGUCAGACCAAGUGCACUGCGGGCAUGUAUGGCGACAAGUGCAGCCUGACCUGUCCGUCCUGCGGGGGGACAUACCUGUGCCACCAUGUGUCUGGGCUGUGCGAGUGCCCGCCUGGGUACACAGGGACCAACUGUGAGCAGGCGUGUCCCUCUGGCUUCUUCGGCCCUCAGUGCUCACAGGUGUGUGGGCCCUGUGCUAACUCCUCCUGUGACCCUCGGGACGGGCGCUGUGUGUGCCCUGCAGGCUGGACGGGCCCGGACUGCUCCAAACCUUGUGAAUCCGGUCGCUUCGGUCCAUUCUGCGCUCAGACGUGCUCGUGUCUGCCCCCUCUGGUGUGUGACCGGGUCAGCGGGCAGUGUGUGUGCAGCGAGGGAGACUGCCAGCCCGACCCCACGUCACAAACGGGCAGCGUGAUGGUGCCACUUCCCCCCAGCGAGAAGGAGUCAUGGGGGGCCAUCGUUGGCAUCAUGGUGCUGGUGCUGCUGGUGGUGCUGCUCCUGGCCCUGCUGCUGCUGUACCGCCACAGACAGAAACAGAAGCACAACGCCACGCCCACUGUGUCCUUCUCCGCCAGCCGGCCCGCCCGCUCCGAGUACGCUGUGCCAGAUAUCCCCCACAGUUAUCACCAGUACUACUCCAACCCGAGCUACCACACCCUAAGAGAGAACCGGGCCACGCUGCCACACCUGCCCAACAACCACGACAGGAGCAUCAAGAACACCAAUAAUGUGCUGUUUGGGAGCCUGAAGAACAGCGAGCGGCAGAGACGAGGGCUGUACGGAAUGGACGGGAGCAACACCCUGUCAGCCGACUGGAAGCCCCACCACCCCUGCAACCACACAGGAGCUUAUGGAAUAGACCGCAGUUACAGUUACAGCGCUGGAGCAGGAGCCGGAAAAUAUUAUCACAAAGAGCUGAAGGAGAGCCUGGCUGUGAGCAGUAGUUCUGUAAACAGUGAGAACCCGUACGCCACCAUAAAAGACCUGCCAGGGUUGCCCUUCUGCGGCUCAUUGGACCCGUCCUGUGGGCUCCCCGAAAGCAGCUACAUGGAGAUGAAAUCUGCUGUCCCCCGGAACCACUCCUACACAGAGCUCAGUAGACCGCCGCCCACAACCCCACCCCCCAGAGAGCCUGGUUACUUCUCUCAGGACGACCCCCUGAGCCACUACGACCUCCCCGUCAACAGCCACAUCCCGGGACACUACGACCUCCCCCCACUGCGCCGGCCACCCUCCCCUAGAAGACCCCCGUACUGACCAAAGAAGGCCUCCAUGCUGACCAAAGAAAACCAUCGUACUGACCAAAGAAGGCCUCCACAGUGACCAAAGAAGACUGACCGCAGAGGACCUCCGCACUGGGAAUACUUCACUGGUGUCAUCAGAGUUCCCUGAGCUUUGUUUUAACACAAUCUGACAAUUGACUUAACUGGAACUACAACAGGUGAGCUGAUUUGUGUUAAGCAAGUCCCUUUCAAAUAAUAUUAUAGUCACAUCCCCAGAUAGCCUGUGUGCAUUGUUACACAUAGUACACUAGCCCCAGAAGUCCUCCAUACUGACCGCAGAAGUCCUCCGUACUUACCCAGAUGGACUGUUCUACUGGGCCCUGCUGCUUAGGGCCUCCCCAGUUUGUUUCUGACACACAGACUUGGCUUCGCGCUGCACCUGGAUGAUGACAUUUGGACGGGACCAGCCUUUCGGAGGGUCAGGUGUGUGAGGUGUUUGGAGGGUCGUCUGUGUGGACGUGGUCACGAUUGGGUUAGAGUUAAAGAGUACUGCAGACUGCUGUAUGUACAAACCAGUGAGGAAUGUGGAUAUCGUCUCCUGCCUGUUACCACUGAACGUCAGGGCCAGUAGCCUUCUCCUGCUGUGCUUUAGGAGGUACAAUGAAAUCAUACAUGUCGACCAAAUUGUAAAUAAAAUUGAAAUAUAUUUUUUAAAAUGUAAAA